GCAUAUUUUCCCUUGGGUCCCCUGUCUGUCUCAAACUGCACACUUGACCGAUCAUCGAACGCCGUUGCCCAACAUGGUGUGGACAUUUCCAGAGGUCGAUAUCGAUCCUGCCGACUUCCCGGUUCCUUUUACCAUUGAGUCCCAAGUGAUGGUGGCAGUUGUCUGCAUACCCUUGAUCAUAUCCUUUUCUAUAAAUGGGCUACUGCUCUAUGUCUUUGCACGAGAGAAGCCGCUAUGGACUUCGAGCAAUAUGUUGCUAAUGAGCAUGAGUUUAGCUGACUUUUUGCAUUCUUUCACCUCCGUUCCAGUGCUCCUCUGGAAUCUUGCAGAAAAUGCAUAUGUGUCGCCUGUAGCGUGCAAAUGGCAAGGGGCUUUGGCUUUAUUCACCGGAUCCGCACAGCUUAUAACUAUGAGCACCAUCGCUAUAGAGAGAUACUUUGCGAUUGUAAAGCAAAGCCCCAUGCCCACUCGAAACGUUCUUGCAAUGGCCUCCGUCCCAUGGUUCACGGCAUUUGGAAUCGCUGGCUUUCCUUUCCUUCUUGGCACCCUUUGUCGCCGCCCCACCAAUGUUACUUGUGCAGCUGCCUGGUGGACUCGCGAAACCCGAGGUGUUAUUUUCACCAUCACCUGUUUCGCAAUCCUCUCCACUUCUAUGAGUCUGACAGUCCUGCUGUAUUAUAAAACGUGGUUGGUUGUGCGAAACCAAACUAGGGAGCUCCAAGAUCUGAUGAAGAGCCGAAUUACUGCAACUACCGUCGCAACAGCGAGCACUGCAAACGCUGGCCAGUCCAUAAUCCAAACUCGCGCGAUGUCGACGCAGGAGUUGCCUCCUGAGCGAAGCCGGCUGCGUCGACUUGUAGAUACUUGUUUGGAAGUGGUUCUCUUCGUGAUGAAGGGGGCGAAUGCGGACCAGGACGAACAUGAAGUGUCAGGACAAGGAACUGGUUCCCGGGGAAAGGCGCCGCGCCAACAUACCACCCAAAGAAGACAGGUGUUAGAAAAGAUAGUGUUCAACCGAUCAUUGCGGAUCGUUGCAGUAUUUUUCUUGGGAUGGGCACUGUAUAACGUCAUGUUCGUGCUUGAGCUAAUUAUGGGCAGACCCGUUCCACUUGUUAUGGACUACCUGGCUCACGCCUUGGUAUGCAUUUCUGGAAUAUGCAACAUGCUGAUCAUGGUAACCGACAACAACCGCUUUAACGAGGCGUUUCGGCGGCAUUUGGGCGUGGGCAAGUUUCGACUUGAACGGAACAUGGCCAGCGGAAGCCGGGAUACCUUCGAAAGCCCGUCGCUAGAGAAGGUCAACGGCAAAGUUCAAUCACCAGCGAUACUUGUUGCGGGCCCAGGAUCUAUUGACUGGAAGAUUGACGAAGUGGACGGAGCAUAGAUAUCUGUAGAUAGUGGCGUACCCAGUCUUUUUAAGCACGGGAACAAAUUGACAAUGAUAUUAACCCGGCGUGUCGAGUGACAUAUGUGUCGGACAU